AUGAACGAGCUAAGUGAAUAUCCCUCUAUUUAAUUUGAUAUAACUCUUUAUAAUUCACUCAAAACUAAGGAUAGCAGACUGCUCCUCAGAUAAAUGAAAUCAGCUGUUGAAGAAUUUAAUCAUAAUAAGCAAUUUGACAGUGAAACUUUUACCAUCCUAUAUUAUGGUGUGUAAUAAUUGCAAAAAGACGACAUCUUGGAGUUUUUAGAGAAGGAGAUUCUAAAGAGACUUGAUGUGUUGGAAUUUGAGAUUUUGCAGAUGAAAUUUUUAUAGGCAACUUUAGAUGAUUAAAAUAAGAAUAGGAAGGACUAUUUGUAUUAAUUGUAAAAAGAAGUAUUACUGACAUUUGGAUUAUAUGAUAAACAUGGUUAAAUGGGAAUAGAAACAAUAUUAUAAUUUUAUAAAACAAAAAUCAAAGAGAAUGAUGUUAAACAAUAUUUAUAAAAUCAAGUUAAGAAAAUAAUUCGAAAAGAGAACCUUCAUAAUUACAUUAAAAAUAGGUUGAUCUAAAUUGUGUUCAAUUCAGAAGAUUGUGACCAAUAAAUUUCAGAUUUACUCGUCACUUGUGAAAAUACUGCCUUUGUUACUUAAUUCAUUACAAUUCUAGCCUAAAAUAGCUUAGAAAUAUUAUAAAAUGAAAGCAAUUCAUUGAAGUAAGUAUCUAAGGUACUUGAAAGAGUAAGUGCUCAAAAGCCUAAUUUAUUUAAUUAAAAUCUACCAGUUUUUAUAUAAUUUUAUGAUAGUGAAAGUUAUUGUCUUAGAAAUGCUAUUAAUACGAUAAUCACAAAUAUUCUAACUGAACAUCUAAAUCCAUCCAAAGUAGAAUAAGAUGUAGAAUUAAAGGAGAGCUAAUUAAAUCAAAGACUAUUUCUUAUAUAAAAAUUGACAUCUAGAAUAAUCGAUAAAAAUGCUUAUGCCAGAGUUCACACUUUAAAAAUGUUAAGAGUUGUAUGCUCAUAGAAUCUAAUUCCUCCUAAUGUUUAACUUAUGAUGUUUCCAUUGGUAAUAGCAAGAGUUUAAGAUGUUUCUUCAAUGGUCAGAAAGGCUGCUUUGGCAUUUAUUAAAUAAAUUACAAAAUUUAUGAAAAACCUGUUUGUUGAUGGGUUACAAAUGUAAAAUUUCAUGAAAAUUGCUGACAUCAAAGAGUAAAAUGAAUAUUUAGGAAACGAAAUUCAUAAGACCUUAAUAGCUAUCGAUUAGAUAUUAGAAGAUAAGGCCAAUGCAUAAAGCGAGGCAGAAUUCAAGGAAUUGGAAGACGAAGAAAACCUAGUUGUCUCUAAUUUGAGAGAAAAGAAAAAAUUACAAUCAGUUUUCAUUUAAUAUCAAGAAUUCAUGGAGCUUUUAUAAAAGCUAUUGCCCAACAUAGAAUUAUUAUUAAAUAGCAAAUGCAUCACCGACAUCUAUAAGGCUAUUUCCCUCAUUAGUUUUUUAUUUAAGCAGAAAAUAGAAAACACGGAUGUAGGGAUUAUGAAGAUGUUAAUUCAUUCUAACAAUCAAUAAAUAGUGAAUAAAUUAGCUAAAAAGUUUUUUAUACUCUUCAUAGAAAAUGAUAAUGAAUAAGUUCCUAUUAAUAAUUUAAUUCAUUUAUUGAAAAUUUCAUCACCCAAAGAGCAGAUCUAUCUUGAAGAACUUAUUAGAUACAUGAUCAAAUAGAAAAUGAUACCUGAAUCUACUAUUGAAAUGAUAUGGACCCAUUUUAUGAGAACUUAUUCUACAAAUUAACAUGAUCAAUUAAAUUAAUAUUCUAAACUUGUUAGAAUUACUUUUGGUUAACAAUCCAAUCUUUUAACUAGGAUGAAAUUAGAUUAAAUUAGCAAAAUAAUUGAUGGAUAAAAAAAAGAAAUUAAUUGGGUUACUGUAAUUGAGUUAGCAAAAUUAAUCUAUUUUUUGGAAGAUAAAAUAAUUGUUAAAAAAUACUUUUAAUAAUUCUCAUCAAUUUUAUAUUUUUAUUUUGGAACACCAAAUAAUUUAUGGUUUGUAGCCUGUUAAGAGAUUUUAAAUUUGGUUCAAUUUUUACCUGUCCCAGAAAGUAUCUAUGAUUACAUAAUUAAAAAAUUCAGCUUCAAAACCUUUGCUAUAGGAAUGACACCUUAUAAAAAUGCUUAAGACUUUCUAGAAGAGGAAUCAACUUUAGUUUUUAAUAAUUAAUGCUUACAACUCAGUUAACUAUUAUUUAUUGUUGGCCAGUCUGCUCUUGCUAUAAUUCUUCAUAUUGAUGAGAUUGAGAAUCAAUUAACACAUCUAAGAAAUGUAGAGGAAGCCAAAGAAAAUGAAUUGGAUAAAAUAUAAGGAGGUUGUGAAGAAGAGUACGAAUACAAUUGUGUUUAUCUGUAGAAUUUAUGCAAAUACAAUGUUAUCUAAAAAGGAUUUUACUAAAAUUAUGCUCCAUUAGUCCUCGACAUAUUAGCAGAAAUAGAAGAGGAAAAUGUAUAAUUGACAAUACUACAUAAAUCUGCUGGUCUUUGUCUGUGCAAAUUUAUGUGCUUAUCUGAAUAAUUUUGUGAAGAACAUAUAGAAAAAGUCUUUAGAUUAAUCUAAAACCCUAAUUCAGAUGGUGUCUUUAAGAAUAAUCUAAUAGUAGCAAUAGGAGAUCUAUUACACAGAUGGCCUAAUACAGUCACAUCAUAUUGUAGGUAACUCUUUGAUGGAUUAAGCAAUUAAGACUUUAUUGUCAAAUAAACAUCUUUAAAUAUGCUAUCUCAUUUAAUAUUAAAUGAUAUGAUUAAAAUCAAACGAGAAAUUACUGACAUAGCCAUCUUAUUAACAGAUCCUGAUGAAAAUAUUUAAUAAUCCGCAAAAAGAUUCUUUUUCUAAUUAUAAAAGAAGGAUUCAAGAAGAAUCUUAAAUAGUUUACCGGAUAUCAUAUUUAGUAUGUCAAAUUAGGAGAGUCAUGAAAAAUACAAAACAUUUCUUAUUAAUACUUUGAAAUACUUAGAUAAAUAGAAUGAAUAAUUAGUUGAAAAGCUGUUGAGAAGAUUAAAAGAGAAUAUUAACGACUUUGAAGUUUAUAAUAUAGUUUUUACUUUGUCCAAACUUUAAAUGAAAGAAUCAUUAGCAAGAAAAUUUUAUGAAUGUUAUCCAUAUUACCAAGAAAGAUUAGAAAAUCCUUAGAUCAAAGAGUAUUUCUAAGUUAUAAUCUAAAAGUUAAUGAAAUGCGGAUUAAAUUAAGAAAACAAAUAAAUUUUAUAGGAAUUUGAAGAACUGCUGAAUAGAGGUGAGACCAAACGUAGAGUGCUAGGAUCAAAGAACAAAUCAUAAAAAUCUACUCGAUCUCACACAAAUUCCCAAAGAUCAAUUGGAUAUUCUAACAUCCUAGAUUAAUUGUAUACUUAGUCUACUGAAUUUUGA